AAGCAAAUGACAAGCUUGUGGGCUGUUCCAGUUCAAAGUUGUUUUUAUCAUUUAUCGAUAGAACUACAUUAUAGAUUUAUGUGAUGUAUUGAGAAUUUGUAAACCUAUGAGACAGGUAGGUUUAUGUGGCUGUAUACCUGUGGCACAUGAGGUAAGACAAUGGUUGAGCUGGUACAAUGGUUGGGCCUCUCUAUGGCUAAUCAACAAAAACAACCUGGACUUCUUAUGGAGGUGAAAAUUUAAUUACGAUAAUUGAAUGUGCUGGUGAGAUGUUAAAAAUGAGUUUGGAGAGUGAAUUAAUAUUUAAACAGUCUACAGAUAACUACGUCAAAGUGGACUGAUGCUUGGUUGAGGCUAAAGGGCAGCAAAGGAGCAUCCCACAUGGAUGACAGCGAGCAACCUGUAGACACACCACUCCUUCCUCAAACAGUUGCUCAAGGGUGACAGCAAUGAGUUCACCAGGAGCAUCAGUGACAACUGUAUCACGUCGCAGUGUAUGUCCUGUUUACCAGGGCAACACCUAACUAUGCACUCCUAUUAUUUGUAAUUAUUACUACACAACGAAAUCUUAUGAAGAAAAUGAACAUUUUCAGGAAAACUAGGUGUAUUUCACCUUCAUUUGAUUUGCCAAGAUUGUGUUUACCUCGUGAGAAGCAGACGUCCAUUGACGACCAUGAAUUUGAUGAGGUAAUUUGUCUUGAGGUUCCUGUGGAGGCAAGGGCACGUUCCUCUAGUUUUGAUUCCAGUAGUUUACAUAAGGAGACUACAGAGUUCUUGGAAGUUCCAAGUCCAGGUCGACGUUGUCAGUCGUUUGAUUCUUCUUCCUCGGGAUGGGGACAAGAGGAGGAAUUUGAGCGUGAGGGACGUCGUUACAGUCUUAUUUCUAAAUACUCAAGACGCAGGUCUUCAUUUGAAAUUCCCAAACUAUGCAUUCACUGUGUACAUAUGGAACAGUAUGAGGAGCAGUGUAAGGAAGAGGAGGGCCGCCGUAAUGAGGUGGAUUACGAUGUAUCCAGUGAUGAGGAGUUGUCAUUGGAUACAGGGUCACUGGACUCUGGGAGCGACUCGGACGAAAGUUGUGGACCUCAUGAUAAAGAGGUUGAGGAUAUUAUGUGUAGCUAUACAAACGCCCUAACUCUGGAAGUUCCCAUCAUACGCACCUGUCGCUCCUCAUCUGUGGAUGCCACCGUCCUAAACUCACAGUCACCAACGAAUGAGGUGAUAUUUAAAAGUGGACGUGGUAUCGUACAGCGACAGGAGUCAUUUGAUGAGGGAACUCUGGAAGUUCCUAAACAAGUGCGCUCAAGUUCUGUGGAUAUAAGUUUUCCCACUGAAAAGGAGGCUCACUAUCGAGCCAUUGCUACUACUUCAAGUACAACGACUGGAGACAUUGUCUUAGGAACUGACUUGUUGUCAGGUGAUGGGCACAGCAAGAAAGCCAUUUCCAAAAAUGCAUUGAACCAUGCAACUAAUUAUUUACAUCCAACUCAUGCUGAGCAUGGGUACCGUCGCCGCGAACUACGAGACACAGUCGACUGGACGGACCAGGCCAUCAACAGUGACCAUCUGUGGGUGGAGACCAAUGCCUCCGGUGAUUACUGCUAUGCCAUGGAGCCCGACUGUAUGAGAACUGGACCAAGAAGAAAGUGUGUUGCUUGCAAAAUUGUAGCACACACUGCUUGCAUAGGCAUUCUAGAAAAGAAAAAUCUUCGAUGCAAACCAACAUUCCGUGAAGCAGGAUUGAGGAAUUACAGAGAACAAACUUCCAUGCGUCACCAUUGGGUUCACAGACGUCGCCAAGAGGGCAAAUGUAAACAAUGUGGAAAGUCAUUCCAACAGCGAUUUGCUUUCCAAAGCAAAGAGAUCAUUGCCAUCAGCUGUUCCUGGUGUAAGGCCGCGUACCACAACAAAGUGUCCUGUUUUAUGAUGCAGCAGAUAGAGGAGCAGUGUACCCUGGGGCCCCAUCAGGCUCUCAUUGUACCACCAUCUUGGAUCAUCAAACUACCAAAGAAAGGUUCUUUCAAAUCAUCUUUACGAAAGAAAAGGCGAUCUUCUGUGAAGAAAAAGAAAAAUAAAGAUGACAAUCGUCAUUUCAUUAUAAAACCCAUCCCUUCACCUCUUCUGAAGCCUUUACUUGUGUUUAUCAAUCCAAAGAGUGGUGGCAAUCAGGGAACAAAAAUCAUGCACAAGUUUAACUGGUGGCUCAACCCCCGCCAAGUGUUUGACUUAAGCCAGGGAGGACCAAAGCCUGGACUGGACCUUUAUAAAAAAGUGCCUAACCUGAGAAUUCUGGCGUGUGGUGGAGAUGGCACAGUCGGUUGGAUCUUAUCUGUGAUAGAUAGCCUGGGGUUGGAUCCCCCACCCCCAGUGGCCAUCAUGCCUUUGGGGACAGGAAAUGACCUGUCACGUACACUCAACUGGGGUGGGGGGUAUGCCGAUGAGCCUAUCACGAAGCUCCUAAGUUAUGUGGAGGAAGGACAAAUAGUACAGCUUGACAGGUGGAAUGUAGAUGUGCGGCCAAACGUUGAAGGAGAAGUGGAUGGUGAAGAGUGUGUCACAGACCAGCUUCCCCUCAAAAUAUUCAACAACUACUUCAGUCUUGGUGCUGAUGCCCACGUAGCCUUGGAGUUCCACGAGUCCCGAGAGGCAAAUCCAGAAAAAUUCAAUAGUCGCUUUUGGAACAAAAUGUUUUAUGCAGGGGCUGGUGGGAGAGAUAUGCUCAAAAGAAGUUGGAAAGGUUUAGCGGAUCAUAUUCAACUUAUCUGUGAUGGCAAGGAUUUAACCAUGAAAGUCCAGGAAAUGAAAUUACAUUGUUUACUUUUUUUAAACAUUCCAAGAUAUGCUAGUGGUACUACACCAUGGGGUAACCCUAACAGUCUGGGCUUUGAGCCCCAGCGACAUGACGAUGGAUAUCUGGAGGUGAUAGGGUUCACUUACUCCUCUCUGGCAACACUAUACAUGGGGGGCCAUGGUGAGCGACUAAUACAGUGUCAUGAGGUGAAGCUCAAAACAUUCAAACCCAUCCCCAUGCAGUUGGAUGGUGAGCCUUGCCGUCUCGGCCCAUCCACAAUCCACAUCACUCUACGUAACCAAGCCAACAUGGUGAUGAAACCAAAGAGACGAGGAUCCAUGCCCAUCGCUAAUGAUCCUGACUUGGCUUUUUUCAGUCCUCCAUCUUUGCCCGAGAGGCUUCGUAUUCAAGUGUCCCGAAUCAGUAUGGCUGACUAUGAGAAUUUAAACUAUGAUAAAGACAAACUGCGUGGAGCUUCGGUACCACUCGGCCUCAUUGUCGUAGACAACAACGCCGACCUUUCACAAGUGCGAAUCAUCAUCGACAAACUUGACCAGGAUGACCUGACCGAGAGCUCUCAGAAACUCACACAGAGAUGGUGUUUCCUAGAUUCCACAACAGCAGAGAGGUUUUUCCGCAUAGAUAGAACACAAGAGCACCUGCACUACAUUACUGACAUUUCUUCUGAGGACCUAUAUAUAUUGGACCCUGAUCUUCAGAGCAUGCAUCUCACCCCUUCCAAGGAUACCCGAGAUGACUGUGAUGGUAUCCACUGCCAUCAAGAUAACUUCCAGCCAGAGCUGGUCUUCAAAUUCCACAUGCCUGUUACACCCCCCAAAUCUCCAGGAUUGACGGAUGUGAGCCAAGCUACACUGAGCACUGAUACUGCAGAGUCGUCUAAGAAGCCUGAUGGAAGGAGGGCUGAAACACUGUUUCGACUGGAGAGCAAGGAGAACUUGCUCAUUCCUGCUCAGCCGGGCUCCAAUAACAGCUCUGAGCCUGGGUCACCAGUGUCAAAAAGUCCUCAGUCUAAAGACGGUUACAAUCAAUUUCAUCAGGUGUCAAAUGCCACUGCUGCUCCCCGCACAAGGAAGCUGUCAGCUGUAGACAAAGGUCUAAUAGAUGCUGCAAAGAGAGGCGACCUUUCAAAGUUGGUGGAAUUCUUCUGUAACCAUGACGCAAACCUACUGGCCACAGACCAAUAUGGAAUGACAGCCUUACAUCAUGCAGCACGGUUCGGACACAAAGGGAUUGUCAAAUACCUCAUAGAUAAUGCACCCCCUGUGAUACUGGAUAUGGUGGACCAUGAGAAAGGGCAGACAGCAUUACACAAGGCAGCAUGGUAUCAGCGAAGGACAAUCUGUUAUAUGUUAGUGGAGACAGGUGCUUCACUCACUCGUACAGAUUAUCAGGGAAAUACACCAAGAAUGCAGGCUUUAAGGGCAGAUGAUCGGGACCUGUCAGUGUACUUAGAAAGCCAGGAGCACUUUCAGCUGGUUGUGUCUGAAGAUCAGGAGACAGCAGUGUGAUUCCCACUGACAGUGAUUGAGCCUUGUGUUGCUUCGCUCAAACUCCAGACACAACUCUAUGUGAUAAUGAACAAAUCCUUUAGUUUUGUUUUUUCAAUGAAGAAAGUAUAUAUUUGAUGUCAUGCACUAGUUUUCUAUUUGUGGUAAAGAAUUUUAAUAUCAUGACAGCUCGAUGAGUGUCAAAUUACAAGACCUUCAGUCUCUUGUCAUAGUACUGUUAAUAGUGUUGGACUGUGGAAUAACAGGUGUCGUUGUAAUGUCAGACAGGUGUUGCAAUGGAUUGUGGAAUAACAGGUGUCGUUGUAAUGUCAGACAGGUGUUGCAAUGGAUUGUAAGUAAGACAAAUGUAAGUGUGCAGUGAUGUCAGACAAAUGCCAAAGUGUGGUGUCAGACAGGCGUCACAGUUUAAUGUCACACAGGUUUCAUAGUGUGAAGUCAGAUAAGUGUCACCGUGUGGCAUAGUGAGACAGGUCAAUCAAUGGAUUGUAAAGUCGGACAGGUGUCACUCUUGAUUACAUGAUAUCAGACAAGUGUCACUUUGUGGCAUAGUGUCAGACAGGUCGAUCAAUGGAUUGUGAUAUCAGGCAGGUGUCACUUUUGAUUACAUGAUAUCAGACAAGUGUCACCAUGUGGCAUGGUCUCAGACAGGUCGAUCAAUGGAUUGCAAAGACAGACAGGUGUCACACUUGAUUACAUGAUAUCAGACAAGUGCCACAAUGUAUUGUGAUGUCAGAUGUUUUUAUAUCAAGCAGAUGUCACAGUGGAUUGUGAUAUCAGACAGGUGUCACAGUGGAUGGUAAUAUCAGACAAGUGUCACAGUGGAUUGUGAUAUCAGACUGGUGUCACAGUGGAUGGUAAUAUCAGAGUGGAUUGUGAUAUCAAACUGAUGUCACUGUGGAUUGUGAUAUCAAACCGGUGUCUCAGUGGAUUGUGAUAUCAGACUGAUGUCACAGUGGAUUGUGAUAUCAGACAGGUGUCACAGUGGAUUGUGAUAUCAGACUGAUGUCACUGUGGAUUGUGAUAUCAGACAGGUGUCACAGUGGAUUGUGAUAUCAGACAGGUGUCACUGUGGAUUGUGAUAUCAAACCAGUGUCACAGUGGAUUGUGAUAUCAAACUGGUGUCACAGUGGAUUGUGAUAUCAGACAGGUGUCACAGUGGAUUGUGAUAUCAAACCGGUGUCUCAGUGGAUUGUGAUAUCAGACUGAUGUCACUGUGGAUUGUGAUAUCAAACCGGUGUCACAGUGGAUUGUGAUAUCAAACCGAUGUCAAAGUGAAUCGUAAUAUCAAAGCGAUGUCACAGUGAAUCGUGAUAUCAAAACGAUGUCACAGUAGAUUGUGAUAUCAAACCGGUGUCACUGUGGAUUGUGAUAUCAAACCGAUGUCACAGUGGAUUGUGAUAUCAAACCAAUGUCAAAGUGAAUAGUGAUAUCAAACCGGUGUCACAGUGGAUUGUGAUAUCAGACAGGUGUCACAGUGGAUUGUGAUAUCAGACAGGUGUCAUAGUGGAUUGUGAUAUCAAACAGGUGUCACUGUGGAUUGUGAUAUCAGAGUGGAUUGUGAUAUCAAACCGGUGUCACAGUGGAUUGUGAUAUCAAACCGGUGUCACAGUGGAUUGUGAUAUCAAACAGGUGUCACAGUGGAUUGUGAUAUCAGACAGGUGUCACAGUGGAUUGUGAUAUCAGACAGGUGUCACAGUGGAUUGUGAUAUCAAACAGGUGUCACUGUGGAUUGUGAUAUCAGACAGGUGUCACAGUGGAUGGUAAUAUCAGAGUGGAAUGUGAUAUCAAACCAGUGUCACAGUGGAUUGUGAUAUCAAACCGGUGUCACAGUGGAUUGUGAUAUCAAACCGGUGUCUCAGUGGAUUGUGAUAUCAGAGUGGAUUGUGAUAUCAAACCGGUGUCACAGUGGAUUGUGAUAUCAAACCGGUGUCUCAGUGGAUUGUGAUAUCAGAGUGGACUGUGAUAUCAAACCGGUGUCAAAGUGAAUCAUGAUAUCAAAGCGAUGUCACAGUGAAUCGUGAUAUCAAAACGAUGUUACUGUGGACUGUGAUAUCAAACCGGUGUCACAGUGGAUUGUGAUAUCAAACCGAUGUCACAGUGGAUUGUGAUAUCAAACCAAUGUCAAAGUGAAUCGUGAUAUCAAACCGGUGUCACUGUGGAUUGUGAUAUCAGACAGGUGUCACAGUGGAUUGUGAUAUCAAACCGAUGUCACAGUGGAUUGUGAUAUCAGACAGGUGUCACAGUGGAUUGUGAUAUCAGACAGGUGUCUCAGUGGAUUGUGAUAUCAAACUGGUGUCACAGUGGAUUGUGAUAUCAAACCAGUGUCACAGUGGAUUGUGAUAUCAAACCAGUGUCAUAGUGAAUUGAUGUCAAACUGGUGUCGUAGUGAAUGGUGAUUUAUCAGCAAAUAAAGUGUUGUAUAUUGAAGUCCCUGCCGACUUUCUGCCAUUAGAAUUCUGAUGUCUCCCUGUUGUUGACUGAGAUGUCUAUUGUUAUACUGUAUGUUUUCUGCCAGUGUCACAGCCAUGUCCCAGCUUACUAAUUUGACGUCCCAUCAAGGUUGUAGUCUUGUGAUAGCGAAGGUGUGACCUUAACUUGCACUUCCUAUGCACUUUGUCGAAUGCCAAAUCCAGAGGCCAGGAUCCUCCAUGUUACGCUAUAGCUGGGUGCUUUAUCUUAGGUUGGAAUGACUGAUGUGGAUCAUCAGCAACUGUAAUAUUAAAAUUAACUGAAUUCCAUAA